AUGGCAGGUUCAGCAGUCCCGAAACCCGGAGUCCUGAUGCUUGGCAUCGUCCACCACGCAAAGGCUGAGUUCGAGAAGCUUUCCGACAUCGCUGAUGUUCAGCAAGUCACCUCCGGUACUCGGGAAGAGUUUAUUCGCGACUGCGACAGCGGCAAGUAUGACAAUGUCGUUGCAAUUUCCAGAACCUACGACUCUGUCCAAGUACGCUUAGCUUCUCUUCUGGAUGCUGCAAAGUCUAACAAGUGGUGGCAGAUAACCGGGCGAUUCGACGCUGAGCUCAUUUCUCACCUUCCCUCCUCUGUAAAAUUCAUCUCACACAAUGGCGCUGGUUAUGAUCAGAUUGACGUCCAGCCCUGCACCGACAAGAACAUUUCCGUCUCCAACACGCCCAAGGCCGUCGAUGCCGCCACCGCAAACACCGCAAUUUUCCUGAUACUCGGUGCUUUGCGUCGCGCAUGGAUCCCUCAGCAAGCUCUGCGCGAGGGCAAGUGGCGAGGUGCCAGCCCUCUCGGCCGUGAUCCUCACCACUUGACCCUGGGCCUGCUUGGAAUGGGCGGCAUUGGAACUGCCACAGCACAGCGAGCCGCUGCUCUCGGAUUCAGGCUGCAGUAUCACAACAGGAAGCCCGUGGCCGACCUGGAGAAGAAGUUCGCCCCCGGCCAAGUCCCCAACUAUGUCAGCUUUGAAGAGCUGCUCAAGACCAGCGACGUCAUCUCGGUGCAUUUGCCGCUGGGCCCUGCCACCCAGGGACUAAUUGGAACCAAGGAAUUCAGCCAAAUGAAGGAUGGAGUCAUCAUUGUAAACACGGCUAGAGGCGCCAUUAUUGACGAGGAGGCCCUCGCAGACAGCCUGGAAUCUGGCAAGGUCUGGAGCGUGGGCUUGGACGUGUAUGCGAAGGAGCCAGAAAUCAACCCAAAGCUGAUCAAGCACCCCGGUGCCGUUUUGCUACCCCAUAUUGGUACUGCCACUAUUGAUACACAGAAAGAAAUGGAGGUCCUCGUCAUUGACAAUGUGAAGAGUGCCGUGACACAGGGAAAGCUACUUACGCAAGUGUCUGAGCAGAAGCCCGUUGUGGCCAAGGUAUAA